AUGAAGCCUUUUUCUAUGAUGUUUUCGUUUAUAUAUGUUCACCUGCUUUUCUACUUUACAAGCAACUCCAAACACAAUGUUUUUGCUUCAGAAAGUGAGAUCGAUCAUAUGGCCCUUAUCAAAAUCAAAGAAUCAAUAUUGAGUGACCCAAAUGGGAUCUUGUUUUCUUGGAAUACUUCUACUCACUUCUGUAAUUGGUAUGGAAUCACAUGCAAUCCCACACUUCGAAGGGUUACUGAGCUGAAUUUGCAAGGGCACAGGUUGAAAGGGUAUAUUUCUCCUCACAUAGGUAAUCUCUCUUACAUGAGAACAUUUGAACUUGGGAACAACAGUUUCUAUGGCAAUAUCCCACUAGAAGUGGGGAGAUUGUCCCAAUUGCAGAAAUUCAGAGUUGAAAAUAACACAUUGGUCGGAGAAAUUCCUUUGAAUUUGACGCAUUGUACUCAGCUCAAAAGUUUAUAUUUGUAUGGAAACAAUCUGAAAGGAAAAAUACCUACUCAAAUCGGAUUGCUCCGGAACAUUCAGUUUUUGAACUUUGGUCAAAACCAGUUAACAGGAGAAAUUCCAUCUUCCAUUGGGAAUCUUUCUUCAAUAACAUAUCUAUCACUUGGUUUUAACAAUUUAGAGGGAGAUAUUCCACAAGAAAUAUGCUAUCUCAAGAGCUUGAUGAUUGUAGCUUUAGGUAUUAACAAACUGAGUGGAUCAUUUCCCUCCUGUCUUUAUAAUAUGUCAUCUCUUACUGCAAUCGGAGUUGAAGAAAAUCAAUUUCGCAACUCUCUUCCACCCAACAUGUUCCACACCCUCCAGAAUCUCCAUGUACUUUUUCUUGCUAACAACCAAUUUUCAGGUCCAAUCCCACCUUCCAUUGAAAAUGCAUCCAGCCUUUCAUUCCUUGAUCUCUCUAGAAACCAUUUUGUGGGAAGAAUUCCAAGUCUUGGAAAACUACACGAUCUUUAUUACCUAAGUUUGGCUCAAAACAAUUUAGGUUACAAUUCAACUAAUGAUUUGGAGUUUUUAAAAUCAUUGGUAAAUUGUACUAAGUUGGAAAUGUUAGCUCUAUCUUACAAUAGUUUUGGAGGUCAAUUGUCAAAUUCUUUGGGAAAUUUGUCGAUCCGACUAAGUCAACUAUAUCUCGGAUACAAUGAGAUAUCUGGAGAAAUCCCUGAGGCAAUAGGAAAUUUAAUUGGCUUAACUAUCUUAACAAUAUACAAUAACCAAAUUGAUGGGAAUAUCCCAACAACUUUUGGAAAGUUUAAAAUGCUUCGAGUGUUAGAAUUAAAGGAAAACAAGUUGUCAGGAAAAAUAGAACCCUUCAUUGGAAACUUAAGUCAAUUGUUUAAUUUGAAACUACGAGCAAAUCGAUUUGAAGGGAGUAUUCCUCCAAGUAUGGGAAAUUGUCAACUGCUAGAUCUUUCAGAGAACAAUCUCACAGGCACCAUACCACUAGAGCUUUUCAAUCUUACCUCUCUAUUCAUAUUGGAUUUGUCAAGUAACUCAUUGAGUGGUAGUAUACCAGAUGAAGUGGGAAAUAUACGCAAUAUUAACUUUCUAGAUAUGUCAAACAAUCAUAUAUCCGGUCACAUUCCUCUUGGUGUUGGAAAAUGCGUAAUGUUAGAGUACCUCUAUUUGCAAGGGAAUUCUUUACAAGGAAUCAUACCAUCUUCUUUGGCAUCACUUAAAAGCAUUAUAUUUUUGGACCUGUCACAAAACCAUUUCUCUGGAUCAAUUCCAAAUUUCCUGCAAAACCUUUCUUUCUUACAGUAUUUGAAUGUAUCUUUUAACAUAUUGGAAGGUGAGGUACCCACUGAAGGUGUCUUUCGAAAUGUAAGUGCAUUGGUGGUGAGUGGAAACAGUAAGCUUUGUGGAGGUAUUUCUGAAUUGCAUCUGCCACCGUGCCCUCUUAAAAUUAAGAAACGUGCAAAACACCGCAAGUUCAGAUUGAUAGUAAUGAUAUUAAGUGUAGUUGUUUUCCUCAUUGUACUAUUAUCUGCCUUAACUAUCUAUUGUUCGAGGAAAAAGGGAAAGAAACCUGUCCUCAAUUCAUCAACAAUUCACCAAUUGGCUAAAGUUUCCUACCAAAGCUUGUACAAUGGAACUGAUGGGUUCUCAGAGACAAACUUGAUAGGGAGUGGGAAUUUCAGUUCUGUCUACAAAGGAACUCUUGAGCUCGAAGACAGAGUUGUUGCCGUAAAGGUUCUAAACCUGCAAAGAAAAGGAGCUCACAAGAGCUUCGUGGCAGAAUGUAAUGCACUAAAAAAUAUCAAGCAUCGAAAUCUUGUUCAGAUUUUGACAUGUUGUUCCAGCACAGAUUAUAAAGGUCAAGAAUUCAAAGCUUUGAUCUUUGAGUACAUG